AUGAGCUGCUUGACGUUGGUCGGCAGGCAUGCUCGAGCGGACCACCGCCACAUCGGAAAGGUUCAGCAGGCUUCCUACCAGGGCUUGGCUGAGAACCUUGCUGCGUUUUACGCCAAGGCUGGACGACGUGGUUUGGAGAGCACCAAUGCACCCUCAGUUCUUCUUCGGGGACGGCCCAUGUCCCUGCGCCAUGCCAUCAAGCAACUGGUUCCGCCAGAAAUGGUUGUGCAGAUGCGGACGGCCGUAUCUUGA